AUGGUGCCUGUCAGCACUUCUGUCUGGGAGAGAGCCGCCACUCCAGCCCUUGCCCUGAAGCCAGACAAUUCAGUUUCUUCCACCAUCGACCUGGCACUUUUCCAGCUGCUGACCCAGUGCUGGAGCUCAGAGCAAGAAUCAUCCCAGUUAUCUGGACUCCCUGAGUAUGUUAAAAUAGUAGAAGUUGGACCUAGGGAUGGAUUGCAGAAUGAAAAGGUUAUAGUUCCGACAGAUAUAAAAAUUGAAUUUAUCAAUCAGCUGUCCCAAACUGGCUUAUCUGUAAUAGAAGUGACCAGCUUUGUGUCCUCCAGAUGGGUACCACAGAUGGCUGAUCACACUGAAGUGAUGAAAGGCAUUCGUCAAUAUCCAGGAGUUCGAUAUCCUGUCCUCACUCCUAAUCUUCAGGGUUUUCACCAUGCUGUUGCUGCUGGUGCCACUGAGAUAUCAGUGUUUGGUGCUGCAUCUGAGUCCUUUAGCAAGAAGAAUAUUAACUGUUCUAUUGAAGAAAGUAUGGAGAAGUUUGAGGAGGUUGUUAAGUCUGCCAGGCACAUGAAUAUUCCAACACGAGGGUAUGUGUCUUGUGCCCUGGGCUGUCCAUAUGAAGGAAGCAUCACACCGCAAAAAGUGACAGAAGUAUCUAAGAGAUUGUAUGGCAUGGGCUGUUAUGAGAUCUCUCUGGGAGAUACAACUGGAGUGGGAACCCCAGGAAGCAUGAAGAGAAUGUUGGAGAGCGUCAUGAAGGAAAUACCCCCCAGUGCCCUUGCUGUUCACUGUCAUGACACCUAUGGACAAGCCUUAGCCAAUAUCCUCACGGCCCUUCAGAAAAAUUAUGAAGAAAGAACAUUGACUUUAUCAAAAGGAGGUUUGGUUUUUUAAAAUCAUUGUUUCCCCACUUACAUCAUCAGCUCCUUUAAUGUACAGU